AUUCCCUCAGGCUCAGUUUGGAAUCUAAUUCCAAUCUGGUACCAAAUAAACUAAUUGAGAUUGGAAUCUAAUUCCAAUCUGGCACCAAUUAUGCUAUCGUUCAAACAGAAUCUCGAAAUCGCCGUUUUGCGACAACUGACCAUACUAUAUAGUUGGCGUACAGUUUAUUCCGUUUUUUUUACGAUAUGCCGAUCAUUUCAGGUCGGUGAGUAAUAAGCACAGAACAACUGUACACUAAACGAUAAUCUACUCCUAUGCAUUCUCAACAUCUAGCUACAUUGUGUAUACUGUAAAUUAUAAAUCUAUGCCUCAGGAUUAAUCGAUGGUAGAACACCAGGUAGUGCAUGUCGACUGCAUCGUAUCGCAGAGGUCCGUAUCGUUUAUGUGCAUGUCAGUUUUACUUAAAAUGUGUGAAGAAUAGAUCGAAUGAAUAGCAAAAAGUAAGCUAACGGAAUAUGCCAGAAUUGUUUUUAUUGUGUAUAACUCUUUAGUAUUGUGUGCACCCACCUCCGUUUACUCAUCAGGCUCCCCUAUCGAAGCUAUUAUAUCACAAUUUAGUUGAAAAUAUUAACUGGUAUAGACUCACUUAGUUUUGUUAUGCACCAAGUUACCACUCAUCGUUGCAACGUGCGGCUAUCAGCAAGUUCUAAGUUACUUGCAUCAAGCUACUCACGUACAUUAAAGUAUUACUUGGAAUCUAAUUCCAAUCUGGUACCAAAUAAACUAGUUGAGAUUGGAAUCUAAUUCCAAUCUGGCACCAAUUAUGCUAUCGUUUGAACAGAAUCUCGAAAUUUUAUCAAUUUAAGUAACAUAUAGAUUUCCGUUAUUCAAUUUUCAGUACAAAAUCUGAAUCUCCACCUAUUUCUUCGUUUUCAUGCAAAGCACGUCUGUACAGACUAAAUUCUUUCUUUCCUAAAUUCUCACCGACAAGAAUAUACUUUACUUAUACACGCAGAAAAACACGACCUUUUCUGACGGGAGCACUUUUCAUCCAAUCUUACAAACCAGAACUAAACAACUGUCUUAAAAACAAGCAAAGAACUCUGACUUUUCCAACUCACACUUCCGGCUCUAACCACUAACUAAUACUUUAAUUCUUCUUCAUGACGUCACAACGCUUGUAUAAAUAACCAAAUAGGGUUACGAUUAUAAUGAUGAAUUCUUCCCAAUUCUUCCGCGCUAUCCACCAGAUAGUGAUUUUUUCAACCGUUCUAAAGAUGCUUGAAGAGCAAAAAAAUUUCAGCUUUGGAACCAACAAUCGUUAACGAGGAACCUUAAUUUAGGGCGAUUAACGGGCGAUUUUGAGGAGAUUGAAAAAAACCACUAUCCGGUGGAAAGCGCUAUCCGGCUUUCAUACAACUGGCCCCUGGUAUUUAUAGUGGCUAUAAAAUAGCUAAAUUGCCGCAAAGUUUGAUUUGAAAUUCCGAAGUUCGAUUUGAACUUCGGAACUUUGUUUCGAAUUACAAAACGGAAGUGACAACUUCUAGUGUCACCUAGCCGGUAGCGGUAAUUCUAGUUGAGUAUCUGUUCAUUGCUGACUUGCUGCGUAUCAAAAGGAGUAUCAGAAAUAAGGAAAAUCCACAGAAUAUUUUAUUUUCAAGUAGUAGUAGAUUGCCAGUUACGUUUUGAUUGGUUAUUGGACAUGCCUUUCAACGAAUCGCAAAGGUCGGCCUUACUUACAUACUUCAACAAUGGCAUGACAGGUGUGGGUGAAAAAUAUGCUGAGAAGAUAAAUGCCGCAGUUGCUGAAACAGGAUUAUCUGAAAAACAAGUAAAGAACUGGAUAACUAAAAUGGUGUACAAGUCAAAGCCGAACCCAAAGAACAAAAGAUCAAUUGCAAACACAAGCGACGCGAGUGGUAACUCCUCGCAUGACGUUAUACCAAGGAGAAAAAGAGCAAAGAGCAGCUGGAAUUUGUUUCAAAAAGAGUUUGCGUCUAGCGAAGAAGGAAAAGAAUUAAUGUCAAAUUGUGGAGUAAGCUCUUUUAACAAAACGGCGGCAGAGCGAUUUCAAAACCUUUCCGAAGAAGCUAAAUCCCACUUGGUACUUGAUCAUGUGGAAGAUGUGCUAACUGAACCGCAACGUGCCAAAAUCGUUACAGAUAUUUUUAGCAAAGUACGAAACAACACGUGCAAGCGGCUUGAAGAACAUGGCUGCCCAGCUUUCAUGAUUGGAUUCAGAAACAAUAAAAUACUUUUUGCUGGAUCACACAAUAUUGAGGCAAAGCUUCGUGAUGAGACAAUAAAGAUGAUUCACGAGGACAUAUUUACAAAGGAAGCUGACUCCUCGGAAACAAGUAAACAAGAAGAAGACCGGUUGCGCAAGGAAGUCCAGUCUCUUUUUAAUCAAAAAUACCAGCAGGAAACUGGUGAGAAGGGUCGACUUCCGUACAAAAGGCUGGCAGAAUUUGAUGCGCAGUGCUUGCCUGAAGGAAUAACACUGAAAAAACCCAGUGCGUACGGGACUGCACAACUGAAGAAAAUCGUGGAGUGCAAAGAUCAAAUUAGAAUAAGAAAAAAGGAUGACAUAUUCCAUGACAACUUUUUUGAUAACCAAUUCAAUGGCGAUGAUUUGCUUCCUGACCCAACCAACACCAGUUCUGCCCUCCAAGACCCAACCAACACCAGUUCUGCCCCCCAAGACCCACCCAACACCAGUUCUUUCUGCCCCCCAAGACCCAACCAACCCAGUUCUGCCCUCCAAGACCCACCCAACACCAGUUCUGCCCUCCAAGACCCAACCAACACCAGUUCUGCCCUCCAAGACCCAACCAACACCAGUUCUGCCCCCCAAGACCCACCCAACACCAGUUCUACCCCCCAAGACCCACCCAACACCAGUUCUGCCCUCCAAGACCCAACCAACACCAGUUCUGCCCUCCAAGACCCAACCAACACCAAUACAACCCUUCUUCACCCAACCGGCGACCACCACCCCAGCAACCGGCCUAAAUCAUUAACAUAUCGGGAGUACGUAAAGUGGCGAAGUACCAGACCAAAAAUAAAAAUUUUGCCAUUUUGGACGAAAGUGAAUAUUCUGGACAGAUAUGCUAGUGAUUCAGGUCGAGUUGUUGGAGAAGGAAUUGUUGUCCCUGGUUUUCAGGCGCAUGAUGAACCUGUGUCAUUACAUCGUGGACUUUGCAGAAAGGUUUAUGUGGAAAAAGUAUAUGAAUGCAACAAAGAUAUACAUAUGGUAACCGGAAGCUAUAUCGCGUGCUCCUUCGUUCGUCUGACUCCCAAAGAUGCUGAUUGUCCCGAAGAAGUUGGUGGUUUGAUUGAUUCAAAAUUGGCCGGUGGAUUCCGUAAACUUAAAGGAAAAAAAGAUGAAGAAGAGCUUUGUGAGGCAUUGGCUUGCCAAUGCCCAACUUCCGAAGACAUAGGAUGGGCACAGUGUGGUACUUGUGAAAAGUGGUACCACCUACAUUGUAUUGGCGUGCUGACAGAAGAUCAGGUACCGGAGAGAUGGUGUUGUGGAAUGGAAACCAUCAAUUCGGAAGAGGUCUUCGAGUUUAGGAAGAAAGGUCAAUACCAAAAUCUCGGCGAGAUGCUACACGUCUUAAAGACCGUUCAGGAACAUUUGAAAAUGUUAGUCACCAACAAAAUUUCUAGUGUCCGUCACAGAAUCUUCAUGAAAUAUAAAAAAAAAGAAAGCGGUGCUUUAUUGAAAAAACUGUCAGCGGGAACGAAAUCGCCUUUUACCGAAGAAUUAGAUGAGGAUUUCAUGGAUAUAGUCCACGGUAUGUUUAUGCCACCUGAACGCGAGUAUGAAGAUAUGUGGAAGUUACAAUAUGUCACUGACGUACUAAUUCCAGAGGCAUACGUUUGGUUCGUUAUGGAGGUGGAAAACGUUCCAAGAAAUCUGGCAGAGAUUAUGCUGUUUAACUGGACACACCAAGUUCCCGAUAUACUGCAACAAUUUAGGCAAAGCCACUAAAAAAAUGAUGAACUUUAAAUUCCGUGAGUUAACAUUAUGGACUAAAACGCUUUUUCCGCUGAUAAUUUCAGCAAAAGUAGAAUAAAAGUUAUACCGAAUGAGUGCAUAUUAAUAAUACACAGUUAAUAAAAACUUGUAUAAUUUGAAUCAAAUCUGAGGCUAUGUACACACGGGCGUUGUUUCCGAGCGCCCUGUUUACACGGACAAACUCGUAGACCGUAUCAAAAAUCUCAAGGUAAAGCGUUUUCAAUGUAUUGAAUUGGUUCAAACUUCUGCAGUAAAUUGCUAGUAUUUGCAUCAGUCUUUGCGUGAAAACACAAAUGAAAACGCUCGAAAAUGUUACCGUGCAUGUGCACGUAAUCUGAUUCAU